UUCCAAGUGCAGUGAUCAUCAGAUCAGACAGUGAUUGUUGUGGUCAUCAGUGUGUGUCAAAGUUUCACGAAGUAAGGCGCCAGCGAUGUUACACAGCCAGGAGUCGGCGUGCAGCUCACGGUAAAGAAUGUCUCUGGUGCCGCAGCGUACACCGCCAUCUGGCGGCGGCGCGACGGAGUCGCCGCCUACCAGCCGGGAGUGGAAGCAGAGGUUCAGCUUCCGGGCGUCCGGCAGGAGGGCCACCAUAGACGAGGACCCCGGCGCGGUGAAGACGACACGUGUGAGGGUGAGCCGGAGAUGCGCCAGCCUGCGGCACCACGUGGGCGCCAGCACCGCCACCCUCACCGUGGUGCCGCCCUGGAGGGCCGGACGUGGCCGGCAAACGAGCCUGGAGCUGAAGAUGAGCGGUGGGGAGGAGUCUGGCGCGGCAGGGUCCAGCUCCUCAGCUGACGCCUCGCAGCCGCACCAGCAGCCGCCCAAGAGGAAGUCCAACUGGGAGGUCAUCGAGCACUUCAGUGGCCGCCCGCCGCACUCCAGCUCCCUCAUUGGGCUGGGGCUGCCCCGUGCCGCGUCCAUCAAGGAGGAAGAGGAGGGCAGCGGGAAGGGCACCGCCAGCGGCACGGAGGGCGAGGAGCGGCCGGAGGACGAGGAGGCGGAGGGCAAGGAGGACGUGGAGAGCCUGCUGCUGGCCACCUCCGCCUCUGGGCGCGGGGGCUCCACCAGGAGCAGCCGCAGCCGCGCCGCCGUCCUCAGGCUGCUGCUGGCGCGCAUCUGCCGCUCGCACCGCUUCAAGAACCUCCAGGUGUGUGGGCGUGUCUCCCUGUCCAAAGUGUUUCCACAGCUGUCUUGA